GCAUGAUCCUCUCUGCCAUCGCAUCUCCGCUUCGCCACCCUUCCCUUCGAUCGCCUCUCCUUUCGUGGCCCCGCUCCCGCCCCCAACAAGUCCAGCUCACCCACGCGCGCUCACCCGCCGCCGAGCGCGCUCCCGAAUCCUUCUACAUUGCCGCCGCCCGACGCGCCCUCCCCCUCCGGCUCCGCUCGAUCGGAUCCCGGAGGCACAGGCGCGCCCGCAUUGCCAAAUUUUUGAUCCGAGAGGUUUGCCGCCGCUAGGGUUUGGGUCCGAGCGUCGAACACGAGUUAGAUGGCGUGCGAUGGCGGCGCCAGGGAGCAGGAGGGCCCGAGCCCGGCGUCUGCGGCCCCGGCCGUGGCGGCGGCGGCGAGGGCGAGGGCGAGGGCGAGGGCGCUGCGGCCGCCGAGGCCCAGGAGCCGCAAAGGGCUCGGCGUGCGGCACCCGCUGAAGCUCUGCCGGUUCCUCGCGACGGUCCAGAUGAAGGCCAAUGCCAGGGUGAGGGAGGCGGGGGAGGCGACCCUGGUGGCGGCCCUUGCGGCGGCGCAAAAGGAGAGCGAGAGGGAGAACGUGGAGGUUCCCGACGUAUCCGGCGCGUGGAAGAGUGAGGAUGGAAGUUUAAAUUGUGGGUAUUCAAGCAUUAGAGGUAGAAGACCGGGCAUGGAAGACUUCUAUGAUAUCAAAUCAUCAACAAUUGAUGAUAAACAAAUAAACUUCUUUGGUGUAUUUGACGGUCAUGGAGGUACCCGUGCUGCUGAGUAUUUGAAGGAGCACUUAUUUGAAAACCUCAAAAAACACCCAGCUUUUGUUACUGAUACUAAAUCUGCAAUAAGUGAGACCUAUAAAAAAACUGAUGCUGAUUUCUUGGAUGCUGUUGCUGAAGGAAAUAUUCAGGUUGGCUCAACUGCAUCAACUGCAGUUUUGGUUGGUAACCAUCUGUAUGUGGCAAAUGUUGGUGAUUCACGGGCUGUAAUAUCAAAGGCAGGCAAAGCUAUUGCACUCUCUGAUGACCACAAACCUAACAGAAGUGAUGAGCGGAAACGGAUUGAGGAUGCUGGAGGAAUUGUUGUGUGGUCUGGAACAUGGAGGGUAGGUGGUAUACUUGCAAUGUCUCGGGCAUUUGGCAAUCAUUUGUUGAAGCGGUUCAUUGUUGCAGACCCUGAGAUUCAGUUUACUUGUAAACUUAUUGCCAGGAUCAAGAAAUUGACGGUGAAUUGGAGUUUCUGAUUUUGGCUAGUGAUGGGCUGUGGGAUGUGGUGCCAAGUGAGCAUGCUGUUGCAUUUGUGAAGGACGAGGAUGGCCCUGAGGCUGCAGCCCGGAAGCUGACGGAGAUUGCCUUUAGGCGUGGGAGCACUGACAACAUUACUUGCAUUGUUGUAGAAUUUCGCCAUGAUAAUAUGUCUGAUGGUUCUCCCCCAUCAGCCAAUCAAAGUUGAUCUCCCCAUGAUAAUAUGACAUGAUAAUAUGCUGGCAUUGUCACCUCUCAUGAUGCAUGGGCUCGAUUCGAAGUGUGGUCUCGUUUGUUCGUUAGUCA